AUGCAGACAGUGACGAAUGCGUACAUAGCCAACUUGGCCAUUGCUGAUGAGUGCUUCCUGGUGGGACUGCCUUUCCUGUUGGUGACCAGCAGGCUGAAGCAUUGGCCCUUUGGCCUAGUGGCCUGCAAACUGUUUGUGACCACGUCUGGGAUCAACCAGUUCACCAGCAGUGCGUUCUUGGCUGUCAUGAGUGCUGAUAGGUAUGUGGCUGUGUGCCAUGCUGUGAAGGGCGCUUCCCUGAGGACGCCGGUGGUGAGCAGGCUGGUGGCCGUGACGACCUGGCUCGUGUCCGCCGUGCUCAUGACCCCGCUGUUCAUGUACUCCUCCACUCGGGUCACCAACAACGAGACAGGCACGACGACCUGCAACGUCUUCCUGCCCGACGACGACGACACGCACACCUACGUCAUCUUCACGCUCUACAACUUCCUGGCCAGCUUCGCAGUUCCCCUCAUGCUCAUCAUCAUCUUUUAUUCCCAGGUGAUCAUGACCCUGAGGAACACCAGGGCCAGGAAGAAGAACACCAGAAAGAAGGUCACCCGACUCGUGCUCACAGUCAUCAUAGCUUACGUAGUCUGCUGGCUCCCAUAUUGGCUUGGACAAAUUGGAUUGAUGAUUCAGCUGCUGGAGAUUGUGACCAUGCCUGUGUCUCACAUGACCCUGGUCAACUAUAACAUCAUUGCAUCCAUCCCAAUGUACUGCAACUCUGCCAUCAACCCCAUCUUGUAUGCAUUCUUGUCUGACAACUUCCGGAAAAGUUUCUUCAAGGCCUGUAAGUGCUGCAAGGCUCUUGGCAGGUUCAGAAGAAGGAGAAGGAAUCAGAGUCAGCCCAGGACAUUGAACCAUGGCAGAAGAGGGUCAUCCAACUGGCCCAGGAACACUUUGAACUGCAAAACUGCUUGUUUGACUAGAGUUGAAGGCAUGACUACAAUGGAAGAGGAUGAAGAUCACCAGAGGUUGGCAACUGAAGGACUUGCUCAACAAGUGAUGCUCCACAGGGACCCAGCUGUGUCUGAGGAUGAAGCAGAAGAUGAGGACAUUGAGAUUGAAGAGGAUGAAGGCCUGGUCACCACAGGCAAUUGGAGUUCCCCAGGUUGCAGUCUGCGCAAUCACCACCAACAGAUGGAGCUCUUGGUCACCAAGAGACACUCACACUCUGCAGUUCAAGGCAGUCUCAUCACCACAUCUGCCAUAGUGUGCAACACUAGUAGCCCAGGAUCUCACAUCACCACAGUGGACCUCUGA